GUGGACACAGAAACGGCAUCUGCCGAUACAGGACGCUGUCUACUGUCGCACAAGACGCAUUGCUGGCACGCAUUUGAUUUCACGCUCGCGUAGAAGUCCUGGCCGGCAUCGAAAUAGGCUUUUUGCAAUCCUGUGCUUUCCUUAGCCAAAUGCCGCUCGCUGGGAGCCCGCUGCUUCGGCAUCAGGCUCUUCAGAUAAAAUGCGCGGCAUCCUGUGGUAAACGAGUCGCAACCAUCUCGCGGCUAGCAGGGCCAAAACGCGCGGCUGUGGUGUCGACAUGCUCGCUCGCUUGCGGUCAGCGGCGAGCUGGUGCACCAGCUGGGGCUCUGCGCCUGGCACCAUGCCGACGUAGCACCCGCGGCCGGCAGCUCGUCGUGCGCUCGGUUGCCAUGGUCAACGUGGACUUCGCUAGUCCCUCUCUGCUGCUUGGCACAGCGCUCAUCGGCACCGGUGUGCUGCUACUGAACAUGCGUAACUUCCAGUACAAGGUGUCGCGCGAUGCGGACAUCGUAGUGGCGGCCAUGGUGUCCAUUGUGGGCUCCACACUCAUCUUCCAGGGCUGGCGCCUGGACCCGCUGCUGCUGCUUUGCCAGGCGCUGACCACCUCCGUGGCGUUCUGGUACGGCCUGGAGACCUUCCGGCUGCGGUCAAAGGAGGCGGACAUGGCCCCGCCGCAGCUGCCGCCUGGUGUGGGCUCGGACCCCAUGUCUCUGGACGCGCAGCAGCAGGCCGCCCAGCAGUACUACCAGCAACAGAUGGGUUUCCCGCCCGGCGGUGCGCCCUUCCUGCCGCCCGGCGCCGAGACGCCGUACUACCCCUGGGGCAGCGCCGGCGCCUCCAGCUCAGGCCAGGCGGACCCGCAGUCGCCGUACGGCAUGGGGUAUGGCAGCCCGUAUGGCGAGACCAUCCAGUACGACUAUUACGGCAACCCCAUCCUGCCGACGCAGCCGCCACAGCAGCAGCAGCAGCAGCCGGAGAUGGCCGGGUACGACGGCACCGCCAGCACCAGCGGAAUGCCGUACGGCGCGGGCACGCCUGUACCGCCAGUGUACGGCGCCGCCGGCGUGGACCAGGCGGGAUACUACGGUGGCUCGGGCGUGCCGCUCGCCGGCGGGGCGGGCCCGUAUGACGGGCAAGCGGCGUACGGCGCGGGUCCCGGGCCUGCGUCUGGGAUGGGCGGCGAGUCCUGGCCCGGGGCAGGCGGCUACGGCACGGCGGCGACGGGGUCAGCGGUGUCGGGUGCGGGCGGCUAUGGUGCAGGGCCACAGCCCGGCGCUGCUGUGGGGCCGUCGGGGCAAGGGCAGUUCGCGCUGCCGCCUCCGGCCUCGACUGGUGGCGGAGCGGCGGCCCCUGGGGCAACAUCGGGCCCAGCGUUUGGAGGAGCUGGUCUUGGGAUGGGCGCGAUGAGCGGCACUGGCCGGCGGCCGACGGGGCGGCUGGACCUUCACGAGAAGGUUGAUGACUGGGAGUGAGCCAAGGCAGGAUGGGCUUUGUUG